AUGUCAAAUAUUGCUGAAGUAAAGAGUAAUAUGUCGGAAACCGAGACUUGCUCAACGUCCGCAGAGCAACUGUUAAUGCAUAAAGUUUUCGCUGACUUGAGAAACUGGUCUGUAGACUUUGCAAAGUUGGAGUGUCACGGUGAUGGUGAUUUUGCCGGGCUGAAGAUUAGGAGACAAUGGACAUCAAUGCCAAACAUAUUGUCGGCAUGUCGAGUUGAUGUCGUAUCGGUACAGGCCAGCCAUGAUAAAUCGACGCAAACCGAGACGGUCUUGAGUGACGCAGAAGUAAUUCAAAAUACGGUUCCACAACAUCAACCUAUAAAAGCAAUAGAGGAAUUGGCCCCCCAAUCAGCGAACAAACGUAAUCGCCUAUCUAAGUGGAAACGGACAAAACGUUUCUUCGUCCGCUUGUUCACUCUCUAA